GUGCGACGACGCAGCGAGCAACAAGCGCAACGAGAUCACCACCGGCGAGAGGAAGCAGGGCGACCUCGAGGACUGGGGCGAUGGCUUUAUUGGAGAACUAUUUUUUUUUUUUGUUCAGAAAGUCUGGCUGGUACGGGAUGCCUAGUCUCGACCACGAUGAGCAGCCGCGCAGCGUCCACAGCUGCAGAUUAUCGAAAUUUGCGUGGUUGAACUUCAACACGGCAGUUCUUAACGGCAUGGCCUUGACGAGUGGGCAGUGGUAUUUCGAGGUCACGGUUGAGGAAAUCGAGGUUUCUUGGUUCGACCUGUAUAUCGGGGCCGUUGAUGCGUCUUACGAGGACGUUAACGUCAACGACGCUUGGAAGAGAGGCUGGCGGCUGGGGUGCGGUAUCGGUAGUUGGGCCAUGGAUGUCACAAGGUUCCGUCUGUACGAAGGGUGCAAGGACGAACUCAAAGAUCCCGAUGCAACUUCAAGCACCCGUGAAUAUAUAUGGCCCCACCGCCAAAUCGUGGAUUCCUCGCAGGUCGAGAUCAACCCUGGCGACAAGUUUGGUUGCCUCCUCGACGUCGACGCUGGGAGCAUCCACUACUCGUUCAAGGGGAGCUGCCUCACGAGAUGCGGGGGCACGACUGUAACUACGGGCCUCGCGUUCCCGAAGAUCAGCUUCAACGGGGGUCUCAGGCCAGCGGUGUCCAUUGGCAUCGGGGCGAGUUCUGUCAAUAUCUCGCUGAAGCCCGAUGGUGGUGAGGAGUGGCGGCUCGACUUCCCGAACGCGCGCCCGGUGGGCGAUUACAUUGACUCGUACCUCAAGUUGUCCGAGGAGAUCCCUGGCAGUUGGGAGUGUCGCCGUACCGAGCUGCUGAAGAUGGGUACCGAAACAGAAACGUCACAAGGAUCGCCAGAUGGUGGAGGUGCAAUAAGACCACGCAGCCCUCGAACCCAGAGCACCGAAGGAAAAUCACAACGAGGUGUCGCGGAUGCUGGGGGAGGGGCGGCGGCAGCGACAGGGCCGCCGGUAGGGCUCCUCGCGUGUGCAGGCCCAGAGUUUGUAUUUCGAGAGCCGCGGGAGCCUCAGCUGAAGGUGGGGUCGACGGUUUGGUAUUGCCGCGCCAUGGAUCAUGUUCCAGUGAUGCGAGGCAUCUCCAGGAUCGUCGAGGGCACCUGCUACUACGAGGUGCGGCUGCUGCAGCUCGAGUCGAAGAGCUUCAUGGACCUUCUGACGGCAGGGGAGCCAGAUGAGCUAGACGACGAUCCCUUCGACGAGGCCGAGCAGCAUAACAAUAAAAAGAAGAAAAAGGUGAAGGGUGGCAAGGCCUCGAUCGGCUGGAGCCUGCCCCACUUCAGCGGGGACUGCGUGAGUGUGGCCGUCGGUGACGAUCGGCUAUCGUGGGGGUUCGAGGGCAAGAAUCCGCCGCACCUGCCGCGGGUGAAGCACCAGGGCAAGGAGUGCAGAGGCCACAGAGCAAAGGCACAAAAGGCCGCCGCGCCUGCAGGUCCUGCGACGGAGCUGCCAGUGUGGAAGGAGAAUGACGUUAUCGGCGUGGCUUGCAAGGUCGAGGGCGGCAAGGCAACAAUGAUCUGGACCGUGAAUCGCAAGCAGGUGCACAAGGAGGACUGCAUAGACUUGUCCAUCUUCGGAAUGGCGGGCCUCGUCCCUGCCAUAAGCCUGCACCGAGGCUGCGAGGUAGAGAUUAACUUCGGCCCGGAGUUCUGGUGUGCGGACAAUGAUAGCGCCAAGCCGGGCACGGUCAAGCUGCUGGACGAGGGCUACUUCACUGCCGUGUGCAGCGUGGUGGAAGGCGAAAGCGCGGGCGUUGCCGCCUCCCUCGGCUCCGACGGGGCCGCGGCCGGAGGCCAGCGACAGGCUAGCGUAGACGGCUUGACGGGCCCCCCCCGCUCGGGCCCAGAGGUGACGCCGAGGAAGGUGCGGCCGAAUGUCAGCCAACGCUUCGAGGAGAACGGGAUGACGCCUCGAAUCCUGCUUCCGUCAAGAAGGACGACGCCUUGA